UCCCUUGCUAGCGUUUGCUCGUGUCCAAAAUGGCGUCUUCUUGAAGCGUACAUACAUCGCAAGUGUGUUGUUGACAAGUGAUUACGAUGGCGGCCGACCCGGAGAAGAAGGAGGAGAAGAAGGAGGAGAAAAAGGAGGAGAAAAAGGAGGAGAAAAAGGAGGAGAAGAAGGAGGAGAAGAAGGAGGAGAAGAAGGAGGCUGACUCCUCAGCGUCCAAAGACAGGGAGAGGAAACGCAGCCGUUCACGAGAACGUAAACGCAAUGUUCCUCGCGAAAGGAAUCGCUCUAAAUCUGUAGAGAGAGAACGACGAAUGAAAGACAGAGAGAAGGAGCGUGACAAAGAUAAGGACAGAGAUUUGGGCAGAGAAAGGGGUCGCAAGGAAAGAGACGUCCAUCGACGUGAUAAAGAUCGCGGCAGGAGGUCCAGAAGUCUCUCACCCAAGUCCAAGGAAGCCAAAUCAAAGAGAGACAAGCAAAUAAAAACAGAAGAGGAGGAAGAUGGAAAAAAGAAGAAGGAAAAGGUAAAAUGGUCUCCGAAGGGCGUUGGAAACGGAGGCGAGAGAAGACGGAAGAAGAACCGGCUCUUCGAGAAAG